CAAAGCUUUCACCUCCUAAUUCCUCCAUUCAAACUGGUCCUUAGUUGCAAAUAUUUGCUCAACUAAAAAGUAAAAAAGCAUUUUGUUUCAGAUUAUGUGAAGGUGGAGAGCUUCUUGACCGUAUUCUGGGCAAAAAAGAUAGCCGCUACACUGAAAAGGAUGCAGCAAUAGUAGUGAGGCAGAUGCUCAAAGUUGCAGCACAAUGUCAUUUACAUGGUUUGGUCCAUCGUGAUAUGAAACCUGAGAAUUUUCUUUUCAAAUCACCAAAAGCAGAUUCUCCAUUGAAAGCAACUGACUUUGGUCUUUCAGACUUCAUAAGACCAGGGAAAAAAUUUCAAGAUAUUGUUGGAAGUGCAUAUUAUGUUGCCCCAGAGGUAUUGAAGCGUAGAUCAGGGCCUCAAUCUGAUGUUUGGAGCAUCGGUGUAAUAACCUAUAUUUUACUCUGUGGUCGGCGACCCUUUUGGGACAAAACAGAAGAUGGUAUAUUCAAGGAGGU